GAGCGACGGCUGUCCCGCCCGGAGUGGGAGCCGCGACCGGCACAGGGUCAGGAGGAAGCAGCACUUUCACGCGCAUGAAAAACCUUUUCACGGGAGCGGUGUCGUCCUCGACGUCCUCGAAGGAUAAAGAAGUAAGCGGAGGCGUCGUGCCUUCUGCUGCAGUUGCAGCAGGUAGUAGUGCAGGAGGUAGCGAUCCAGCUGGAAGAUCAGCAGCGGCGUCAGGUGGUCCUAGCAGCAGCGCUGGGGCGACCAGUGGCAUCCCUGUAAAAGCGAAUCACGCAAUUUUUGCAAACGCGACUCGAGCAGGAGCUGCUAUGAACCCACCCCUUGGAGGCGGGGGUGCAUCAAGUAAAGCCAGUGAAGGGUCUACUUCCAAGGACAGGGCUCCACCUGCUGCCGAAGCAACAGCAGUAACGUCUUCUGCGUUUUCUGGAUCAACACCUUCCGCAAAUAACCUUGCAGCGGGUAGUACGAAGGACAAGGGUGAACCAGCAGCCUCUGUCGGCGCCGUAUUGGCGAAGCCUCGUGAUGACGACACGGCCCUAAAACAUCAAGCUGCGAGCGAGAAAAAGACGGCCCAACCGAACCCGUCUUCCAGCCCAGCACCGACAUCUUCGAGCGCUGAACGGAGCAAGGACACUGAGGAAAACGAUGACGAAUUGAUGUCCAACUUGUCCGAUGACGACUGGCUGGGUGCGUUGGAGCGACAGACGUCCACGGAGACCAAGCAGAGCCAGGCCGCGCGGCAGGACAUCGACAGCUUGUACGAGAAGGUGCGGCGUCGCAGCUUCGGCGCCUCCAGCAGCUUGGCGCCAGAGGACUCGGUCGGCACCCCCACUGUGCGUCGGGCGUCCCUGACGUUCAGUGAGGGCUUCCGCUCGCGCCGGCUCAGCGCAGGAAGCGGUUUGGCGUCGGAGGAGCUCUGCGGCAUCCCUACAACGAGCUCCACCACGUCCGGGUUCAUGGCGCAACUCGCAGCAAACUACCCGUCGCAGUUCGGACGACGUGGUAGCGUGGAACGAAGUAUCCCGCUGCAGAAAGUGAUUGAGGACCGGGUAUUGCCCCCCGUUCCCGGCGCAGCAAAGUCCUCCGCGUCGUUCGUCGGCGGCACGACCAGUGGGCCGAAGCCGGAGAGUAGCAAAGACGUGAGCGGCGGAUCAGGAGCUCCCUCUAGUACUACUUCCGGGACGUCGAGCAUGACACCCACCAAACCGAGAGCGCCGAGCGGGGAUGCGAAUUCAUCUCCUGCCUCCCGGUCGCCCCGAAGUACAAAAAUUGGCGUCAAUCGCGCGGCCACGACCAGCUUUACGCUCGCCGCCGCCGCGGGGAAAGGGACAGAGGUUGGCAAGACCGUGACGGAGCCGGGGGCGACAGGAAGAGCCCGAGCAGGCGACAGUGCAGAGCCUCACCAAAACAGGGAACAACCGUCACCGCCGACCGGUGCCCCUCGACCGGGUCCAGCGCGUCGGUCUUUGACCUUUGCAAACGAUAGCUCAGACGCGAAGAGCAUUGCCGCUCUGGACGACAAAUACGCGCUGGCAGAAACGCGAAGCCCUGUGGAUUUCGGCCCGGCGAACAAGGCCAGUUCAUCUUCCACCGCCUCAAGCGGAACAAGCGCCGCCGUUGCGUCUGAAGCAAGAAACCGGCUACACCAGCAGCCCGGCGGAGGGUCAUCUGCCACAACAUCGAGAAGUGGCGAGAGGGAAAAGACUUCAGCAGCUGCAUCUCCAAAUAGAGCGGCGCGUGUUGACCACGCAGAGAGGACAUCCAGUGCAGCGGACCCAACGAGAAAUAAGAACGAACGGGGGCUGGUGCAACCGGCCGCGCACAGUGUCACAGCCUCCUCGUCGCUUGGAAGUGAGGAUGCCGCAGAGACGGACGUCCCGCAUCCGGGUGGUGCCGACACUUCUAUGCCAUUGAAUCCGCUAGACGCGCUGCAUUCGGUCCGGGCCCCGAUGCUGUUGAUAGAGCGGGAUCUCGAGGAGGACGUCCUAGCGGAGCGGCACCACGAUGCGGACCACGAAGCGCGCGUGUCUUUUCACGAGCAGCACCAAGCGACCAUGCUACGCCAGAUGCGGGAAGAGCAGGAGGAACUGGUACAGCUGGAACAAUUGCGUCAACAGUCCAAAGAUUCCAACCUGAGCGGCACGCCCGCGAACCUGCUGCCUGCGGCGAUGCUGGCGAGCAGUGCGGCCCUGGGCCCGCUGUGCGGGGACGCGGACCACUUUUACGGCCGCAGCGACACAAUUGGGAAUCAGGGGGAAACUUCCUCGAAGAAAAAAGCAACUUCUUCUACCACCGCAAAUAAUCGCCGUGCCAGCGCGGGUAGCAAUGCCACUAGAGACCCUGCAAGUCGAGUAGCAGUAGAACAAGUAGCGAGUCAGCCGCAGUCCAUGUCGAGCGAGAAGCAGGCAAAAGUGCAGCUGUGGCAGCUGAUAUCCGGCGUCCUGGUCCCUUCCUUCGACCAGCCACUCAACCGGCAGAACGCCUUUGUCGUUUCGCAAUGGUUCCGCAAACUCCAGCGCUCCAGCACGAAUUCCGGAACAGCUGGGACGGCAGCGGGGGGAGUGAGCGCCAGCAGUGGUGCGGCCAAUGCCUCGUCUUCCAUUGGCGGCGCACCCGGGGCGUCCGCUUACCGGUGGGGUGAGUUCAUUUCAUACGUGAAACAGGCACAGAAAAACGCUCUGCUUGCACUUUUGAAAGUGCAGCUGAAGAAGUUUUAUCCAGGUAUCAAUCUGCUUCUGAGCUGACGCGAAGACAGCGGCCAAUAGUGAUUGGAGGUCCACCGCAAAGCAAAGAUUUCGCUCUGCUCGCUACAGAGAUCAUGACUUUCGUGAUUGAUUGAUGAGUAGUUCUUGUCCUCAGCAGUGUACUUGUUUUACCUCAAUUUAUUUUCGCAGACUGUCCGCACGUUUCGGAAGAGCCGACGCAUUUGGAGAAGAUUUUCGAAAUCCUGUGGCCCACAGAAGCAGUAAAGCAGCUCGCCCAGAUUCGGCAGUGGAUCCUUUCGUUCGACUUGCAGGAACACAACAAGCGAAUCAAGGUCAAGCCUCCACCUUUGCUACCGUCGGAAAAGUGCGAGGAGCUGGAGGCCAUGUACGCUUUCCUGCUGAAAAACAAGACGGGAGACGAGGUAUGCUUCUGCUCUCGAAGAAAACUCCUUGUCUUGUUUCUCAUCGCUGCUCAGCAAAACCACAUGGUUCUUUUUUCAUAAUUCUUUUGGUUAGUAUCUAUGCACUGAUCAGCAUUUUUGUGCAGUCGGACACGUCAACAUGUCAACAUGAAUCUGCAUACAGGACUUGCAAUUUGGCGAUGUGUUGGAGGCAAAAUUGUUGUCGGACGAGGAGGCGCAGCAGUGGAGCCAAAAGUUUCAAAAAACUUCCGGUCUGUCCCAGGAGCAGUUUAUGGAAGUUGCGUGCCCCAACGGGUUUCGGGCCUCGGAGACCGUGACUCGCUGCGUGGCCGCGGACGGGAAGGAACUCACGUUAGAUCCCGAACUUGGUUGGAUUUUGCAGGACAACAAGUAACGGCUCGAAAAAGAAUUGCACAAUAACAGAAGCCCAGUGCAUGUGCAAUAGUCAUAUUUAGUGCAUCACAUCUACAGUACAUGUUGAAUGAGUGAAAGGCUUGUGUAAAAAUCUGCCAGAGCUACAGAAAAAUAAUGUACAAAUAAACUUUACUGAAGGUUGGUGCUAUGAUAGAAGUUGUACGAUUCAGUCCAUAAGAUUGAAAAAUACGCACUUGAAUUGAUAUGAAGCACCCUCUUGUAGUUUUGUUGUACUAUCGUAGUGACAGCAUGAAUGCGGCUGGCGUUAGUGUCAGCAAGACUGUACUACUUUCAAUAUCUUUUGGCAUUGUACAAUUCACUUUGACAAGAUCACUCCGCUCAGGUCACUGGGCUGAGUGAACCACUCAGAUCAGCACGGCAUGAAGCCGUGUCGGAAACUUCCAAAGCUUUUGCAAGGCAGCUG